AGUGACUACUGACUUAGUGAGUACUGCCCUAUGCCAUUGUAAAAUAUUGAGUUGGGAAACGUGAAAAUUUGUUAAAAAAAAUAAUAUUUUAAUGGUGACAUUGAAAAACUUAAUAAUAAAAAGAGAAUAUUUUGUUUUUCUUAGAAAAAAAUAGAACCUUAUAAUGGAUGAAUAUUCGAGAGAGCCCUGUCCUUGGAGGAUCCUGGAUGAUUCUGGUGGCGCUUUCCUGAUGGGCGCGAUAGGCGGUGGAAUAUUUCACUCUAUUAAGGGCUUCAGAAAUGCACCUGUGGGAUUUAGCAGGAAAAUGUUGGGAAGUUUAGCAGCCAUGAAAGAAAGAUCACCUAUAGUAGGUGGCAACUUUGCUGUUUGGGGUGGAAUGUUUUCAACAAUUGAUUGCUCUUUGGUAUAUUUACGACAAAAGGAGGAUCCAUGGAAUUCUAUAAUGAGUGGGGCUCUUACUGGUGGCAUUUUAGCGGCUAGAAAUGGUGUACCAGCAAUGGCAGGUAGUGCAUUAGUUGGUGGAAUUCUUCUUGCAUUAAUUGAAGGAAUUGGUAUAAUGUUUACAAGAAUAUCAGCUGAGCAGUUCAAGCCACAACAACCAAUAUUUGAAGACCCGUCUGUGUUAGGACAAAGUCAAGGCCCAAGUUCUUUUCAAUAACUUAGUCAAAUAUUUAUCUUAUACAAAUGUAUGCAGGUACAAAUGUUGAUCUGAAUUGUUUUUAUAGUUUCAUCUUUCUUGCCAGAUUAAAAAGUGUUCUUGUAGUGUAAAUACUGUUCUCUGGUUUUAAAUAUACCUUCAGUUCAAUAUUGUUGUCCCUGUUUUUUUUAAAUUUUGUGCAUCUGUGAUAUUAUCAGUUAUUAGUAUAACUGACUUUAAAAUUCACUUAAAUCUAUCCCCCAUUACUUAGUUAAUAUAUAAAUUCUCAUAGUUUUAUAUCCAAACCAAAUUCAACUAAGUUAUUUGUUCCCAUGUAGUUGAGUUUCGAAAAUUAAUACUGAUGGUGUAGAGACUUAUGCUUCCAGUCUUGCUUCACAUGCUUAUUAAUUUUCACAUUGUUAAUAUUUAUUAUUUGGAUUUAGAAAUAUGAGAUGAUACUUAGGUAAAUAUAAAAUUAAAAUAUCAA